CAGCAGCCAGACAGACAGAGUGUGUCAGAAGAGUUUCAGCCACAUGGCUUCAGAUCGGUGUGUGUGUUAUGACAGUCAGUUACACACUGGGUGAAUGUGUGUGUCAAGCAGAGACGGUGAGGGAGAGGAGCUAACAGAGAUCAGGAGUCUUUCCUCACUGGAUCCCAGUCAGAGUUGUUGGGUUUUGGGACAACGGACCGGUCGCUUAAACCUGUCAGAGCGGACGGCCUGCAACACCCAUCACUCCACCAGGAUCUUCAUGUGUCGCAGGGAGACGUAGACAACUCCGUGGACAUGGAUCGCUUCAACAGGAACAUGCCUGAGCUCGGGCGAAAAACUCAUCAGGUGUUACAGAGUACCCCACUGGAUUUAAUCGAGACUGGAAAGGGGCUGAAGUUUCAAGCGGAGCGCCCUCACCUGGUCAGCCUGGGCAGUGGACGACUGAGUACAGCGAUCACCUUGCUGCCUCUGCCGGAGGGCCGCACCACUCUGGGGUACGGUGCCAUGGACAUCAACAUCCAGGGCCCUGGUGUGGCAGCACAGCACUGCUACAUCGAGAACAAGUCGGGCGUCAUCACGUUGCAUCCUUCUGGGAACCUCUGCGCUGUCGAUGGGCUCCAGGUCCAACAGCCCACCCGUCUGUCACAAGGCUGUAUGCUGUGUUUUGGACAGUCAGCCUUCUUCCGCUUCAACCACCCUGAGGAGGCCUUCAGGAUGAAGAGCAUGAUACCUCAUGGAGGAGGUGUUCGCACCGGGAGCUACGCUUUGUGUCCAGACACUGAGAGUUUGGUCAAUGGGAAUCACCAGGCCAGUUCCUCCCAGUCUCCCUCAGCUCCUGGAGAGAGAGUCCAGUCCGAGCAUAGCGCCAUCGUCAGCUCCAUUGAGAAGGACCUCCAGGAGAUCAUGGAUUCCCUAGUCAUGGAUGACCUUGAGCCCUCUUCCUCUGAUGCAAAAAAGCCCCCCGGGGGGCAGUCCAUGCACCACUCCCCAUUGUCGCCUAUGGUCAAUGGAGGGGGGAGGUAUUUGUUGUCCCCUCCCACCAGCCCAGGUGCUAUGUCUGUGGGGUCCAGCUAUGAGAAUGCCUCCCCUCCUUUCUCGCCCCUUUCCUCCCCCUCGCCUGCCAGCAGUGGGAGCUUCACCAGCCCAUCGCCUGGCGGAGGACACCAGGACCAGAGUUCUUCUCUGCCACCUGUGCCUAUACGCUCUUCUAGCUACAACUUCAGCACCCAGCCUCUGCCUGUCCCCCUGCCAAGGACCAUACUGCCUAAUUUUAGCAGCACCGGGAUGGCCCAGAAGGUCCAGGAAAGCCCCAGGCUACAGAGGAAAGUGUUGACAGAGACCCCUCCGAGCCCCAAGCCCAGCCGCCGGGGACUCGGCCAGGAUGGCUCAGAGAGCCCUCGACAGACGCCUCUUGUUUCGUCUAGCGAGUCUCUCAGUGGUAAAAACAUUGCGCCAAGCAGCCCCAGAGUCACCCCCAAAUUUCCAACCUGUUCAUCGCUGUCUCCAUCGCCUUCACCAUCUAGUCCCAGGACCAAGACUGCCACAGUGCUCCAGGAAAGGCCGGCCAGUCCCUUCAGAGAGCAAAUCAUCUUAGCUGAUGGCUCCCAGAACUCCAGCUCCUCCAGGCAGCUUUCACAGCCCAGUAAGGCUUUUCAGCCCCCCCUGGAUCCCAUCGUUCACGUCAUCCAAGGAUCUCCUCUCCCUCAGCAUCCACGAUCGCUGCAGCCCCCUGAAAGCCCCAGGUUGGCCCGAAGGAACUUGGAAUUGAAUGGUGGCAGCGCAGGGAGCAGCAGUAUGAGAGAGCUACCGCCUCUGAGUCCUUCAUUGGCCCGGAGGGGGGUUCCGGUUCUUCCAGGAGCACUGCCUGGAACAAUCUCCACGUCAAGGACUCCGGAGAACCCCCCAUGUCUGGGCAGGCUGGUCCCAGAGAGUCCCAGGCUGCGGCGCAAAACCGGAUCCGCGUCAGAAGAGCCAUCUUGCAGCAGAGGGAUCCGAGCUCGCAGUCCGUCCCCCACCUCCAUGUUGAUGGAGGGUAGCAGCGGAGUAGGGAUACGGAAGGCAAGCUUCGGGAACUCUUUAUCACCCGCUUUCAGCCUGGGCUCCCUACCUGGCUCAUCCCCUGCAGCCAGCCCCAGGACCCAGAGGAAGAUGUCCUUGGGGAGACCCCACCCAGGAAUGCGAGAGAGGAAGAACAGCAUCACAGAGAUCAGCGACAACGAAGACGAGCUGCUGGAGUACCACCGCCGACAGAGAGAGGAGCGGCUCAGGGAGCAGGAGAUGGAGAGGCUGGAGAGGCAGCGGCUGGAGACCAUCCUGACCCUCUGCGCCGAGUACAACAAAGGUGAGAGCGUGGGGCUGGACCCCCUGGGCUCAGGACAGCUGGGUUUCCCUGGGAGUCUGGGUGACUGCUCAGGGCGGAGGCCGUCCCUGGAGAAUCUUCUGGGAGGAACCCCGACGUCGCCGGCCGCCCUCCGCCUGGCGCAGAGACAGAGGGAGAGCGACGAGGAGAACCUGAAGGAGGAAUGCAGCAGCACCGAGAGCACCCAUCAGGAGGUGAGGACCUCUCCUGCCCCCAGCAGAGUGUCAGCGGUCCACAAUGGAGAGCCACAGCAUGAGGACUCGUCUGGCUCAGGCAGCGCGAGCCGUUCAGAGCUGACUUACCUGGAAGAUGAGAGGACCCGCGUUCUGGCCCGGACCGACGAACUCAAAGCCCGACUCACCGAGCUGGAGCAGCAACUCCAGGAGUCCGAACAAGAGGCGGAGAUGGAGCGCGCCCUGCUGCAGGGCGAAACGCAGGCCGAGCUCGACCAGAUAGAGGCCGAGACAGACGUCGUCAGUCAGCUGCAGCGCAAGCUGGAGGAGCUUGAGAGCGCCAUCCAGAGGGAGAAGGACAAGGAGAGGGCAAAUGUUGAGGCCGAGCGGCGGGCCCUGCAGAGGCUCCAGGAAGGCUAUGCUGAGCUGAAGAACCAGCUUCAUAACUGUCCAGAGUCCCUGAGGGAACAGUUGCAGGAACAGCUCAAAAGGGACGGAGAGGCAAUGGAAGCAGGGACCAAGAAGUUUGAGGAUCUGGAGUUCCAGCAGCUGGAGAGAGAGAGCAGUCUGGAGGAGGAAAGGGAGACUCUCAGCCAGCAGCUCCUUCAGGAGAAGGCAGAGUACCACCGCAGCGUGGCCAAGAGGAAGGAAAAGGUUUCUGCUCUGGAGAAGCAGGCCAGGCAGCUUGGCCAGCAGGCUUCCCAGGAGUGUGAGCGGCUGGCCAAGGACCGGACGCUCACGCUGCAAAUGCUCCAAAAGGAGAAGGAGCAACUGUUGGCUCUAGAGAAGAGAUACCACACCCUGACCGGAGGAAAGAGCUUCCCCAAGUCUUCUUCUGCCAUGAGAGAGGAAGCUCUCUAUAUCAGCGAGGCUGAGCUGUUGCUGGGGGAUGUCUGGUCCUCCCAGACCUCCCUAUGUGGAGUCUCUCCUUCCUUCUUACAUCCUCCCCCCCUCUGUCGGUUGUUCCCCAGCAGCCCCACAGAGGAGUAUGUGACAGUGGGCCAGUUAAAUCAGAUCUAUGGGAUGCCCAAGGUGGAGUCUUCCCCUACAUCCCCGCUACGCCAGCCCCUGCAGCCCAGAGCAGGAGACCCCGCCUUCUCUUGCCUCCCCUCUCGGCAUGGCUCCUCCCUCUCUCUGUCUGUGGAGCACCAGUGUGAGCCCAGUAGGCCUCACCUCUCCACACUAGAUUUAGAGCAGUGGUACCAGGAGCUGAUGACCGGCCCCACACAGCUCGGUGCCCCCCCUCUGCCGGCCAAGUCGCCGUCAGGCCGCAGACCGGUGCUGCAGGUGUUUCGCUCCAAACUGGACAGUGAUCCCGGCUUUCCGUUCCAUCAGUCCAAGUCAGGCUCCUCGUCCCCCCUGCAGCACGGAGCAGCGACGCUGGGGCGCAACACCAGCUCCAAGCAGAGCCCCCUGCUGGCCGCCGGCAGCACUGGAAGCCUGCCCAGGAACCUGGCUGCGACUCUGCAGGACAUCGAGACCAAGAGACAGCUGGCUCUGCAGCAGAAAGGUCAGCAGGUGAUCGAGGAACAGCGCCGCCGUCUGGCCGAGCUCAAGCAGAGAGCCGCCGCCGAGGCCCAGUGCCAGUGGGAGGCGCUGCACGGCUCCCAGCCUCACCUCCCGGCCUCUUACUCCCCCCUCAUGGCCAACAGUCCCACUCUGAGCCACAACUCGUCAGGCCCCCCGUCCCUGAUGCACCACUCCAUCCUGCACCACCAGCCUCCAUCGGCCGGAGAGCAGCCCUACGACACCCUGAGCCUGGAGAGCUCGGACAGCAUGGACACCAGCGUUUCCACGGGCAACAACUCAGCCUGCUCACCCGACAACAUGUCCGGCAGCGUUGGAGGAGUGGACGUGCUGAAGAUCGAGGAGAUGGAGAAGAUGCUGAAGGAGGCGCAGCUGGAGAAAGCCAGACUGAUCGAAUCGCGGGAACGAGAGAGCCUGGCUCGCCGUCAGAUGUUGGAGGAGGAGAGGAGGAGGAGGGAGGAGGCGGAGAAAAGACUACAGGAUGAAACUUUCCACAGACAGCAGCUUGUGGAGAAGGAGGUCAAGAUGAGGUCCAAGAACUUUUCUCAGGCUCGACCGAUGACCCGCUACCUGCCCAUCAGGAGGGAGGAGUUUGACCUGCGCUCGCAUGUGGAGUCGUCGGGCCACAGCGUGGAGACGUGCUACCACGUCAUCCUCACAGAGAAGAUGUGCAAGGGCUACCUGGUGAAGAUGGGAGGCAAGAUCAAGUCCUGGAAGAAGCGCUGGUUUGUGUUCGACCGCCUCAAGAGGACCUUCUCCUACUACGUUGACAAACAUGAGACCAAGCUGAAGGGUGUGAUCUACUUCCAGGCUAUAGAAGAGGUCUACUAUGAUCACCUCCGCAGUGCCACUAAGAGCCCCAACCCAUCGCUGACCUUCUGCGUGAAGACGCACGACCGCCUCUACUACGUGGUGGCGCCAUCGGCGGAGGCCAUGAGGAUCUGGAUGGACGUGAUCGUCACGGGAGCGGAGGGAUACACUCAGUUCAUGAACUGAGUGCGGAGGGCGAGUGGGACGCCGCGGCAGGGAUUGGACACGCAAUCCACAGGGUCCGUUCUGACGUCCGCUCCGACUCGGACACCACGCCUGUUUGUUACCGUUUCUGUUUUUAUUUCUGCGUUUAAUCACACAAUCAUUUCUCCACGUAGGCGUUUCCUUUGUCCUGUUACCAAUGUGAUUCUGUUUGGAUUGAAAAAGGGAGCUGCUGCCACACACACACACACACACACACACCCCACACACACCAACACAUCUCUGUAUAUAAACCAAAAUGUUCACCUGUCCAGGACUGUUCAAAGCCUUUCUAUAUUGCCAAAAGGAGAUCUUGUAGUUACUGUUGAAUAUUUUGUAUUAUUGGUUUGUUUUUUUACUUAGAGAAAAAAUUGCCAAAUGACAUGUUGCCAAUGUUAUUGAGUAUUCUGUUGUAACUUUGAGUGUAGAGAGAGAAGAUUUGAAGAAUUCCCUUCACUUUAAUGUGUUUCAGCUGCUGAAACCUUUUUUCUGUUUAACGGUCAGCAGCAGCAGAGAUGAUCUCAGAUCCCAGAUCCACACCUUCACCAGGCUUACCAAAGGAACGGACUGACCACAGGUAUUCCUGAAGAGUCCACUCAUUAGGACAGAGUGAUGGGCUGUAAUGGUUUGAUCGACACCAUUACACAACGAAACUUCAAUGGUUUCUAUGCUUCAAAGCUGUCAGAAGAGGCUGGCUUAAACUGAAAGCACUGAAUGACCACACAGCUGCCCUGGGCUAGCAUCAAGACCGUAAAUAAAGAGAGAAACUCUAAAAUAAUCAGAGGGAUUUCUGGUCAGGCAUUUUGAUUCCAAUGCCCAUCGCUGUUUCCAGAGUUCCCAGGUUGGGCCAGGUUCUGUUACCACAUUAUUGUCCAGCCCAAAACAUUUGGUCAUUUUAUUUAUGUAUUAUUGGGUUGCACGAUACAUCAGCACCAACAUCGGUAUCAACCGGUAUCGGUAAUUUUUGAUAUGUCGGUAUUGGUCCAAUAAACGGGCUGAUAUUAACAACCAAUAUUUAUUUCCAACUUGUUGCUGUUUGUUUCUGGAGGGGAGGGGUCAAGGUUGGUCAGGAAACAUUUUUAUGGUCAUGUGACAGAGAGAUGCAGCAAAGGAUUGUGGGGAAGCAGUGGUGAAGUCAGCGAUGUGGUCAUGUUUUCCAAUAUUUACCUAGAUAUAUUUAGCUAUCAGACAUAACAGUAGUAUUAAUAUCGGGUAUUUAUAUUGGACGAUUUUGCAUAUUGGUGUCUUCCUAAUUAUUGCUCAUCCUUUAUAAAUGUGUGAUCGAGUUCAAAACAGUUUUCUGUCACAAACAUGUCGCUAAGCCACCUUUCACUGUUAAGCUCUCCAUAGUCUUGCUUGCUUUAGCAUACGGACUGUUGAUAUUCUAACACAUUUUUUAUUCCAUUUUAGGAUUAUUUUCUUAAGUCAGGGGUGUCAAAAGAACGGCCAUUUUGUGGGCCCCGCCCACACUAUUAAGAAUGAGACACAUUGCCUUCCAUGUGGGGUGUUUGCCGAUACUGAGACGCUCAUUUGAAGGGAGGAAUGAAAGAAUCCAUCUUAGUGAAACCAAACUGCAACAGAGGAUGUGGUCUAAGGUUCAGCACAGCCUUGAUUUCGUCUCUUCAGGCCGUUUCACAGAAAGUCAGACCUUGAAAUGUGACCAGACGUUGUUGGGAACUGAUUAGGACAGUCGGUUUCAACAACCCCUACAGGGAACUGAAUACAGCCAGUUUCAUGUGACUCUGACGGCCUCGUUAGCGAUAGCUGUGGUUUUGUUGGUGAUUUGUUUUGCCCUCUCAGGGUGAUUGUUUCUGAUUGGCCAUGUUUGUUCCAUUCUUGAACUGUGGUUGUGGGCCACACAAGGUCUGGACAUCCCUGUUGGAAGCUGUCUUUAGGCAGAGCAACGCAAACUUUUAAUGCUAACCCAUUUUCAGAACAUGAUUCAUAAUCACCAUUAAACAGAAAUCUGCCUCACUGCCGGUUGUUUCACCUCGUCGCCAUUUUGACAUUCGGUACCUGACUCAGCAGCACUACGGGUCACAUUUUAAAGCACUCAGAGGUUGAGUGGAUCAGAAGCAGAAUCAUUGGAAAUAGAGAGUAAUGUAAAACAUUCAAGGGAUUAUGAUUAGCAUUGAAACAUUUGUAUGACUUAUCUCCUGCUUAAGCAGUCAGGUGAAAAUGAAACAAAAUGGUGACAACCGAGUAUUAAACUGUGAAAACUAACCGAAGCUUUCAUAAACAUGACCAAAUGAAGCAACAUAUAUAUACAUAUACUGUAUAUAUGUGUGUGUGAAACCAUCACUUCUCUGACAGCUUUGAAGCAGCAUUUUCUCAUCAUGUUUUAGGCUAGUUUAAUUGAGAACUCUGUAUGUAUUAAAUCAGAAGCCAUUCUAAUGAGAGAACACCCAACACUCUGAGGCUGACUGCCAAAACAAAAUGCCUGUCUAAUGGUUUCACCAAAGCUGCCAAGAUGCCCCGAACUGAUCGAUCUCUGGAGCGGUCCGGUUCUGACACGGCGCAGGCUCAGGAAGCCUUUAGCUAACUUGACGAUGUGACGACUCUGCUGGGAAGCAGCCGCCACCACGACCAGCCUAAAGCAGCAAGCACACACAUUCAACUGUUUGGAUGAUGCAAUUCAGACCUGUGCCUUCACCACAUGUUCCUGAGUCCUGCACAGCCUCACCGUGGAGCCCGCAUCACACGGACACUUUUAAAUCAGUGUUUCUUUGAGCUCUCCAACAGGUUUGCAUGGUUUCCUCUUCACCUUGGAGAUGGUUCUCAUGAUCCCAGAGGGUCCCAACAUGGUGGGCUCAUUGGGUCAGUUAAAGAACAGUGGUCUUUUAGCGCGACGCUCAGGAGGAGCGCGGCAGAUUUCAACAGUGGGAAAGACCGUCAGUUCCCGAAAUCCCACAUCAACCAAAAAAAACCUGGUAAUGGCGCACGCUGGGCCAGAGCAACCUCACCAGACUACGCACAGGGUAGAAACCUUGUGGAGUCCAAUUGACCCCGUUUCUUAGACUGCAGGAGGGUUAAACUAGUUGCCAUGCUGGUAGCGUGCUGCUUUGUUCUGCCCUUUUCUAUUUCAUAUAAGGCCAAUAUUUGCAAAUGACUAAAAUAUUAAAUGACUAUAAAAUAUUAGCAGGCAUGGGUCAACACCAUGAAUGAUUACAGACGAAGGUAAUCUGGGUUGAUUAAUGAGCAAAAAGUUCUGACUGGCAUCAGACUGUAGAAAAAGUAGUUCCGAUGUGAUGAUCUGUAUCGAGUAAUCUUUUGUCAUUAUUGGAAGUCUGUGAAUCAAUAAAUGAGCCACCACAAACCUCUCCACUACCAGAUCUAUAGGAUAUAGAUAUGAACUAUAUGAUCCUAGAUAAAACAAAAACCAGACUGAAAAAAAUCAUCUCCCUGUAAAAGUUGGUGCAUAUUGUCUGACUAUUGAAUAGCUGCAUAAUGCCAUGUGCUCCUCUGUUAGAAGAAAAUACAUGAGAAAAUUUCUUGUCCUUUGUUCAGCUAUUAACACCCCCACUGGUUCGCAGAAAAACUCAUUUGUUCAUUAGUUACUAGGGGUGGGCAUUUAUCGCAUUAUUUAUCAUGAGAAAUUAUAUGAAUUUUGAUUCAUUGUUGUUACAAUGAAUUCCAAUCAAUAUUUUUAACAAAAACCAAACUCCAUUUUGUCAUUUUAGGACUUUCUCCACUGUGUUCAAUGAGUGUAUCAUUACAUAUCAAUACAUUUGAAAAUAUGAUUAAAUGUAGCUACUGUGUACAAAUCACACUUCUUUAUGUGACAUUGUGAUUGUGACUUUCAUUGUUAUCACAUCACCAGAAAAUAUUGUCCAUAUCGCCCACCCCUAGCAGGUACUUAGCAUUUCUUCCCAACUGUAACCGUUUGGUGGAGGUACAGAUUGAAUUGGCUACUGCUGUACUUUCGUGUGGCCUUUUUUGUUCACAGUGUUUUCUAAUUCUGCCUUAAUAGUCCAACAGAAACCUGAAAUAGUGUUUCAGAAAGCUGCCUCAACACUGGAGCUCCUCUUAACACCCCACUGUGACCGGACCGGAGGCCUUUAGCACGGAGCGUUAGCCGCUACCUUGGAGACACUUCAGUCGUCCAGUAGUGAAUGUUAGGUUUCUAAGUGACAUCUGUUGGUCAUGAAUUGCUGUUAUCUACACGUAUAUGAAAGAAAGGUAGUAUUGCAAAGAGAAUGCCUGAGUGAAAAGUUAGUAAUAAUGUAUGAAAAUGUAUGACUUUUCACUUUUUGUCAUUUCAGAAUUUUUAUUGGAGCUUGCAUUUGAAAUUGUACAAUAGUCAUGUAUGAAUAUCUUUUUUUGUUUUGUUUUUUUACUGGUACAACACUUGUGCAGGUACGUGUACACAGAAUAAAUCAGCCAUCACCAUUAAGACUGGAUCCUCAUUUCCCCUCAGACACGAUCAGCACUCUGACCAUGCUGUGUUACUGUGUCAUGUGUCACUUUCAUGUAUGAAUAAUGUGGAUUUCUGUCAGAUCUAUUAAUUAAAAAAACAAAAUGACUAUCAGCAAACACUCCUCUGCUGUCUGUUGUAUCCAGUGCGUAAUAGUGUGACUGUUCCAGUGUUGAGCAGAGACACAAACUGUUCGGACCAUUGCUGGUCACCACCAACGAAAAAAAA